GUGAGACAAAUGCUUUGGGGUAAAGUGAGACAUGAGGCACAAGUUAAGUUUAGUCUUAAACAUAUUUUAAUGUAAUAUUACAUUACAUAUGUUUUAUUUUUAAUGUCAUAAACAUUGUAGAAAAGCCAUCAUGCCAAGGCAAUACACCAGGAAGACAACCUGGGGCAAACACCCCUCGAGGAGAUGGAGAGUGCAGCCGCUGAGGUCAAGGAAGGAAAGAAGUCUAUAAGAGCAGCUGCAAGGGAUAGAAAUAUUGACAAGUCAAGCCUCCAAAUAUUUAUAAAGAAAAAAGAGAAAGGGGAAGUAAAAUCAGUAGCCUGGGGUGCAGUAGCUGAGGCAAAGAGAAUAUUCACAGAUGAGAUGGAGGAGGAGUUUGCCAAACACUUGAAACAACUAGCUGAACAGUUCCAUGGCCUUCCUCCAGUUAAGUGCCGUCAACUGGCAUUUGAAUAUGCAGAGAAAAACAAUAUCCCUGUGCCUUCCAAUUGGACAAAGACACAAUGUGCAGGUGAAGACUGGUUUGGCAGCUUCCUAGCAUGUCGCCACCUCUCUGUCCGAACUCCAGAGGUUGAGAGAGGAGAACUGGUGACUGUGGUGUGUGCAGUGAAUGCUGCUGGGAAUGCCACACCUCCCAUGUUUAUCUUCCCCAGAGUUAAGUUUAAGGACUGCUUAAUGAUAGGAGCACCUCCAGGAGCCAAAGGUACCUCCACCAGAACAGGAUGGAAGAAUGAAGACACCUGGGCUGAGUUCCUUGAUCACCUGAUACAGCACACUAACUGCACCCCUGAGCGUCCCAUGCUGCUAAUCCAGGAUAAUCUUAAGGCUCACAUCUCACUCAAGGCAGUAGAAAUAGCCAAGAGCAACGGUAUUGUUCUGCUCACCCUCCCACCCCAUACAUCCCAUCGCAUGCAGCCUCUCGAUGAAACCGUGUAUGGCCCGUUCAAGACCCAAUACAGCCGAGCUCUUGAUGGGUGGAUGAGAUCCAACCCUGGCAAAACAGUCUCGAUCUACCAGAUUGCAGGACUUGUGAAUGAGGCCUUCAUGUCAGCAGUGACACCACGCAACAUCACUUCUGGAUUUAGGUUCACUAGGAUUUUCCCAUAUAACCGAGAAAUUUUCCCUGAUGAAGCGUUUGCACCAUGCAGAUGAUCCAGAUGGUCCACUCCCUGCAGAUGAUUUGGAUGGUCCACCCCCUGCAGAUGAUCCACCUGCAGAUGAACCACCCGCUGCAGAUAAUUCACUCGCUGAUGCUAAUCCAACCACUGUGCAUGGUCCACAUGGAUGUGCCUCACCAGCUGACUCAGAUGUGCCACGUGUUCCCAGCCGACCUGGAUAUGUGUCUCCUCGUGAAAUCCUACCAUUUCCCAAAUGUCCCCCCAGAAGACAAACCAGACGAAAGCGUGUGAAGACAGCCAUCCUAACUGAUACUCCUGAGAAGCAGGCAAUUGAAAAGGCUUAUAAAGAAAGAGAAAAGAAACUGGCAGGGAAAAAGCAAAAAAAUAUCAAAGAAAAGGGAAAACCGAAAAAAAAAGCAACCAAAAAGAAAAUCAUAGUUAGCAGCUCUGAGGAGAGUGAUGUCUCAAUUGAUAAUGUGUCUGACGAAGAGAGCUCUGAGGAUGAGAGAAGUGAUCCAGGAAACACAGAUCUGUCCGUGGGUGACUUUGUCAUAGUUAACUUUGCAACCAAACACAGGAGUGUCCGUUACAUUGGCAUGGUUAAGAAAGUUGAGGAUGACGCACAAUUUCUCAGAAGAAUCCAGGGAAACACGAAAGAGUGGGAGAGACCCACAUUUGCUAUAAAGGAAAAUGAUGUGGCACAUGUUCCUAAAAGUGAUGUGGUGAAGAAGCUGCCUCAACCUAAAAGGCCUGGAGGAACCACACGGAGAGAGCAACUCCUCAUCUUUCCCUGUAACCUUCAGGGCUGGAAUGUAGAGUAGGUCUAGUUGUAGAGUAUGACAGUAGGCUGAUGUUCUAAUACAGGUGGGUCUAGUCCUGUGUUCUGAGUCCCAGGCUGUUCUAGCUGGUUCUGAUUGUCCUUUGCUCUGACCCCCAGACACUAGCUGGCUCUAAGGGUCCUGUGUUCUG